CUAGAGGUCGACAGGAACCGUUCUUCGUAGUGUGGCUUAACCAACCUCUACGUCAGCCAUCAGGUAGCGAAUGGCAGAGAGUAGCGGCAACGUUUUCGAUGUAGUCACGUCAAAUCAAAUGUGUUGAAGCCAUAUGGUUUAGAUCGAUUUUUGCGUUUGUGAGAUCCACCUAGUAAUAAGGGACUUUUUAAAAAUAAAGCCUAACGUCAUUACCGCACCGAGUUGUAAUAAUACCGAUACACCUGAAACGCAACGUCGUGUUUACAUUUUGAAGGGUGCUAACGCACCGCCUCCAUGGUUGUGUGGAUUCUUGAGUGAAGGACACAACUAUGGAAGUUGGAAGAAUGUUUUUCUGGCUUUUGAUCCUGGUCCUUUUCUGUUCAACUAGUCACGUGUCAGCUACUGGUAUUUCAGACGAACUCGAAGAUGGUAGUAUAGACAAUGAAAUAUUAGCAGUAAUGUGGUUGCAGGAGUUGAAUACAAAGCUGAUUGAUAAGAACUAUGAAUUAGCCGUUGCCAAUUGGAAUUACGAGACAAACAUGACCGAUCAUAACUCUGUGGUUAUGAAUAACAUUUCUUUAGAACUUCACGACUGGGAUACGGAAGUUAAAAAAAAGGCGAGGAAAUUCAACACUGAAAACUUUAGUUACGAAAUAAAAAGAAUGUUUAAAUUAUUGCUUCAAGGCGGUGAACUUCGCAAUGACGAGCAAGUCAGGCGCUACAACACUAUUACAACAGAAAUGCUAUCAAUAUAUGCCCAUGCUAAAGUGUGCCGCGACCCGCCUAGUACGGAGUGUUUGCCUUUAGAACCUGGUUUGGAGAGCAUCAUGUCCGAUUCCAGAGACUAUGACGAGUUAUUAUGGGCAUGGAAAGGUUGGAGAGAUGCAGUUGGACCACCCAUUGGCAAACUCUAUCCUGAAUACGUUAAGUUUAGGAACAUAGCGGCUCGAAACACAGGCUAUAAUGAUGAAAGUGAUGUGUGGCUGGAGAAUUAUGAGGAAGAUGAUUUCGAAACUGUUCUGGACGAGUUAUUCCAGGAGAUAAAACCUUUAUAUAUGCAUCUACAUGCUUACGUUAGGCGUAAGCUACGGGAUCGUUACGGUGACCGAGUGAGCACAGAUGGCCCAAUCCCAGCACAUCUUUUAGGCAAUAUGUGGGCCCAGCAGUGGGACAAUAUUUACGAUAUCGUAAGACCGUUUCCAGAUUUAGAAAGCGUCGAUAUAACUCCAACGAUGCGCGAGCAAGACUACACAGUCCUACAAAUGUUCCACAUCGCAAACAACUUCUUUACGUCUAUAGGCCUAACAGGAAUGCCACCCACCUUCUGGAAGAAAUCUAUGUUUGUGAAGCCGAGGGACCGAGACGUCGUCUGCCACGGUUCAGCUCACGAUAUGCAGAAAGGAAAUGAUGUCAGGAUCAAGAUGUGUACUCAGAUAAAUUAUAAUGACUUCUAUACUGUUCAUCACGAGAUGGGACAUUGUGAAUAUUACCUCCAAUACCGCGAUCAACCGUUGGUUUUCAGGGCUGGAGCUAACCACGGAUUUCACGAGGCUGUGGGAGACACUAUCGCACUCUCAGUUGUCACACCCGACUACCUCAACAAAAUGGGUCUACUCAGCGUAGAAAAAUUUACAGAUCGUCAUGAUAUUGACUUUCUUCUGCGACAAGCUCUUGUCAAAAUAGCGUUCUUACCGUUCGGAUUUAUGAUCGACAAAUGGAGAUGGGACGUCUUUCGAGGUAUUACCACCCCAGAGGAUUACAAUUCCAAGUGGUGGGAGCUAAGAACGAAAUAUCAAGGAAUCGAGGCACCCGUCGAAAGGUCGUCCACCGACUUUGACCCAGGUGCUAAAUAUCAUAUACCAUCGGGAACACCAUAUAUUAGGUAUUUUGUGAGCUUCCUUAUUCAAUUUCAAUUUCAUGAAUCGCUGUGUAAAGAAAAAAAUCACGAAGGACCGAUCCAUCGAUGUAAUAUCUACCAAUCAACAGCGGCUGGAGAUAGGCUUGGUGCUAUGCUUCGUAUGGGGGCGAGCCGUCCAUGGCAGGACGCUAUGCAAGAAAUUACAGGACAGAGAAAGAUUGACACGUCAUCAAUCAAACGAUAUUUUGACCCUUUGUUUACAUGGCUUCAAGAGCAAAAUUACGGAAAAGACGUCGGAUGGGAUUAACAACAUAGCUCAACAAUAUUUUCGACGCAUACCUGUUUAUAUGUUCGUACUGUCCACUACUAUAACAUAUAUUAUAUUAUCGCUAUAUUUUAAAAUUUUAUUUUUCUCGUAUGCAUCUGUGAAUUGUAUCAAAACAUUCAUGUAUGUCGUGAAAGUAUUAAUGUCUGGUGCGAGAUAUUCGGGUCCAUAGUGGCUUCACCAUCUUACACCUCUCGAUCUCGAUAAAUUGGUAAAAUUCCAGAAAUAUGAUAAAUCGUCAUAUUGUUGUUAUUAUUAUUAUUAUUAUUAUUAUUAUUAUUAUUAUUAUUAUUAGUGGCGUACCUAA